GGGGGGGAAACUAUAAAACUUUUAUAUAUAUCAAACUGGGACCAUAUUUACAUCCAAAAAGGUCUAAGUACCUACACUUUACACAAACUAUUGGACUGCAAAAUGUUGCUCUAAAAUUCUAUGCUCUGCCAUAGUCCAUUUUUUCCUGCUAACAGUUUGCACUCUCCAAAAAAUUUCCUGUUUGAUCAGUUGAAGUAUACUCUCACUGCUUCUGCGCUUUCCUGUAAAGAUACAACUAUUUCUCUCUUCCCAGACAUGACAAAUAACUGCAGCUAAAGUAGCACACCAAAUCUUGAAUUUCAGUCUGGAUUUUCUCUAUAUGUAACAAGCUUUUCUUCUCCAUGCAGUCCAUUCCAAAGGUACUUGUAGUCCCAACCAAUUCUGCGCCUUUAAGAAUAUUUCAGCAGUGAUCUGACAGUCAAAAAAUAGGUGGUGAUGACUCUCAAGAGUAGAUUGACAUAAUGCACACUAGGGGUCUACCCCAGUGAUGGACAUUAGUAUCAAUCUAUCCCUUGUUAAGAGCCUCUCCUUCCAAGCUAGCCAUGUUAUAAAUGAAUGUUUUGGCACACUCAUUUUAGCCCAGAUUACCACUGAUUCUGAUGUUUUCCUCGCACUUCCUAGCAGUCAGUUGUAGCCUGCUGUAAUACUAUACAACCCAUUCUAUGAUUUUUUCCAUUUCCCCCCUUCAAAUCCUUCUGUGCCUUGAUCUCUGAUUUUGAGAAGCUGCUUCCAGUGCUAACUGGUAUCUGGCUUCUUUUCCACUGUCCAGAUUGACUGGUUUUUAAUGUAUAUUUCAUGCAACCACUUUAUCCACAAGGAAUCAGUCUUCUUGGCUAUGCUCCAAACUUGUUUCAAAAUGGCAGCCUGAUUCCAGAUUCUAGUGUCCCUAAUUCCCAGUCCCAUUUCACCUUUUCUUUUACAAACUAUAUCCCAGGCUACCAAAGGUAUUGAUCUACCACUUUUUUUAUAACCCCAAAGAAAUUCCCGGCAUACUCUAGUUACUUGCACAAUCACAGACUGUGGCAAAUUAAACAUGCAGGCCCAAUAUACAUGCAUUGAUAAUAAAACUGAAUUUAUGAGCUGGAGUCUACCUGCAUAUGAAAGAUGCCGGGCACUCCAACAUUUGAGUCUGGCAAUCAUCUUUUGGACUAAAUUAUCACAUUCUGACUGCGUGCAUUUUUUCAGGAAUAAUGGAAGUCGCAAGUAUCUCAUUGGGAAUUCACCUUCGUGGAACUCUGUAAUUUGGCAUAUUCUCCUUCUCUUCUCUGCUGUAACUCCUCCGAAAAAGAUGCUGGAUUUCUUGGCAUUUGCAUAUAAGCCUGUGGUAGCAGGAACUCCUUGAACCGUGUCAUUAGACUCUUAACAGUAGAUUCAUCGGCUUUGUAGAAUAACAUUAAGUCAUCCACAAAGCAGAUGUUUGUCAACUUCAAACCUGCACAUAAAGGGUGGAAUUGGAAAUUAGGGUUAGCUGCGAUCAUUUUAAACGUCCUUGUUAAAUACUCCAUGACAAGGACAAAAAGCAACGGGAAAAUUGGUGUCCCCUUGCCUUAAUCCUCGUUUCCCCUUGAAGAAGCCAGUAUUAGAGCCAUUUAUCGCCACUGUGAAGGAUGUAGUGGUUACACAUGCCAGAAUCCAUUGUGUGAACUUAGCUGGAAAUCCAUAUCCAUUCAUCAUUUCUUCUACAAACGCCCAAUCCACAGUGUCAUACACUUUCUUUAUAUCAAUCUUCAUCAAACACCUUUCAGAGACAUUUUUCCUUCGAUAGAAUCUAAUCAUUUCCUGGACUAUCAGCACAUUAUGCAGGAUGAACCUGUUUUGAACAAAAGCACUCUGAUUUUCAUUUACUAGAACUUCCAGCACAUCUUUCAUUCUCUCACUUAGAACUUUGGAGAUGCAUUUAUAGACCACAUUGCAACACGUAAUGGGUCUAUAUUCCCCUGCAUUCUUUGGACGUUCUGUUUUGGGGAUUAGAGCAAGCACCCGUUGAGUUCACCUGCACAUCAGUUUCAACAAUUGACCAAGCAGCUUUGAAGAAUCCACUGCCAAACCCGUCUGGCCCUGGGGUUUUAUUGCCAUUAAUCUGCCACAUAGCUUGCUUUAUCUCCUUGGCUGUAAUUGGUUUAGUUAAGUCAAGUUGCUGUUGAACAUUGAGUCUUUUUCCUUGUUGGUAAACUUCUCUUCCUGAUCUGCAUCUCUCAGAAGUCUGCCCAAGUUGUUGUUCGAAAAGAUUGACAAAAUGCUCCUCCACGUUGCUCCAUUCUGAUUCCAGGGUUCCAUCAGGUUGCAUAUAUGACCAAAUUCUGUUUUGGACCAUUCGUUGUUUCACUCUAGCAAAGAAGUACUCAGAGUUUGUAUCCCCCAUUUUUAUCUUGUCUUCCUUCGCCUUUUGGGAUAGAAAACUUUCAUAAGCCCUGGAUAGCUGAAAGUAUUUCAUCCUACUGUCCUUCUCUUCCUUUUGCAGAGGUUCAUGUUGAGGAUUACCAUAGAGUCUACCUUGUACCUCUAUCAAUUCAUCUUGAGCCUGCUUUACUCUCACUUAUAUCUUCGAAAACCUGCUCCAGUCUAGUAUUUUUAAGCUUUUCUUCAGUCUCUUCAUCUUCUCCACCAAUUGAUACUGCUUGGUGCCUCUGAUUACCUCACUCCAACUCUCUGCAACUAUAUUCUUGAAGCAAGGAUCUAUACUCCACAUGUUAAAGUAUUUAAAAGAUUUGGGGCUUUGCUUAACUCUUAUAUCUGUUUUGACUAGGAGAGGUGUGUGAUCAGAAACACCCUCUGGCAAUACAGUAUUUAAAGAAUAUUGAAAUUUCAACACUCAGUCUCUGUUUACUAGACUCUAUCAAUUUUCGACAUAAUUCUAUUCAGUCCCAUCUGCCGGUUAUUCCAUGUGUACCGAAAGCCUUGCUGUUUUAGGUCCUGGACUUGCAUUCUUCUACACAUCUUCUAAACUCCUGAAUUUCUACCAUUUGAACAGGCCUUCCCCCUAACCUUUCCUCAGCUCUCAGCACAUUGUUGAAGUCUCCCAUAAUAAUCCAUGCACCAGUGACCGUCUGUGACACUUCUAUUUGUUUAUCCCAUAAAAUUGACCUUUCAGUGAUACUAUUACUCCCAUAUAUUACUGUGAGAUAAUAUACCGAGUCAUCCAAUCUCUUGACCAUGCUAUGCACCAUUUGGUUUAGUACUUAGUAUGAUAUUGAGUUGAAUUUCUUUUUUCCAUAAUAUACAGAUCCUCCCUCUAUCUUGUGUAUCAUAGCUCAUAAAAGAAGUAUAAUGACUCCACAUCCUGUUCAAAUAAUCCACCCCUUUUGAUCUAGUAAGCUUAGUUUCAAUAACACAUACUAUUUCUAUAGUAUGAACAGAUACCAAUCUAGCUAGUUCUUUUUGUUUAAUGGGGCUAUUUAGGCCCCUAAUGUUCCAGGAAAGAAGUGUACUCAUUGAUUACCUAGAUCAGGGGGGAAAAUUAAUCUUGUUUCCUUCCAUUUCUUUGUCGUUCUCAGCCACAUUGGUGUUGCUGGAGCUAGCUUCAUCCUUAUUCUCAAGCACUGUAAACCUGGAGCUGGUCAGAUUAUAUUCCUCAUUUUUCUUGGGGCUCUCUCUAAUUAUCUCAGUUCUGUUAUCUCCUGCAGGGAUGUCAAUUUCUCUCUAUUGUGAUUGAUCUUCUUCCUCAACAACAACUGCUUUCCCUUUCUGAACUUGUCUCCAUUCCUUGCCACUUAGUAUUCUCUCCUUAACUUCAGUACGUUUAGGAAGAGCUUCUCUGUUUUCUAGUUUUUUCCGGCAGGCUUCUACUCCAUGACCGUAUCCCUUGCAAUGGGUGCAUUGAGUUGGCCUCCACUCAUAAAAGACAGACUGAUGUUGUAUAAUUCCCAAUUCAUCUUCAAAUACCACUUCCAGGGGAAGGAGAUCCUGUAUCUCUACAUCUAUUAAUACACGGGCAUAUUGCACUUUCGUCUUCUCUGUUGUUUCAAUGUCAGGCAUAAUAGGUUGACCCAGGUUACUAGCCAAGCUACUUAGUGAUCUAGGAUUCCAAUACUUCAGCUCCAAGCCAUGAAACUGUACCCAUACAGGGACAUGAGUUACUUCCCUAUAGUUGAUUCCUUUUUCGAUGCUCCAAGGUUUCACAAUCACAGGCGUGGCUCCGAUAUGAUAUAUAUUCAUAUUCAAUACAUCAUCCCUUGCUGCUAGUGUAUGGAAACAAAUCAAAUAAAGACCAGAAGGUAGCAGCAACACCUUGUCCACACAAUUCUUCCAGAGGUUUCUGUAAAAAUUCUCCAUGACUUUCAAGGGAGGAUUAGCCCAAGACAUAGCUAAUUACUGAAGAUUCCCAAUAAUCAGUCUCCAUCUGCACAUCCUCUGCUUGCAUCUUACUGACCUUCACGCCCUCUAGAUUCCUUGGUUCAAUGAAAUCCAAUUUAGCUCCUGCUUUUCGAAGCUUGCUUGGAUCGAAGUCUGCCCACUUUUGAUGAAGCAUUUUAUUGAUAUCCUCUUUUGGUUCCGAUAGCUCCAGUCUUCGAACUGUGUCACCAAAGCGUUGCAGAUCUUGGAUUUUUUCUGUUUUACUCCGAUCUACUUCCAAUCGUUCUGCCAGAGUAGCCUCUCUAUUAGGGAUUGCUGUCUUCCCCAAAUCUUUUUCUCCUGCACUUAAUCCUUUUUCCCCAUCUUUCAUCAAUUUAUCCGUCAAUUGAUUACUUACCGGUGUUUUCUCUUCUUUGAUAAUUGAAAUUUUGGUCGCUCUCUUCCCCUUAAGUUUCCCCUUCGCCAUGGCAAGAUUACGUCAUCAGUGGAAUGUCAUUUGCUUAGAGAGAAAAGCUCUCAGAGGAGAGAAAGCCUAAUAGGUGUAGAUUACCUCACAUGUGCAAAUUUGCAAAUUUGUAUAGUCAAAAAAAUUUUUAUGAUUUCUUUUUUUCUUUUUUUGGGUAUCAAAAAAGAAGAAACACAUGUAAAUUAGCUCACAUGUGCGUUUCAAGGUUGUGUAAAUAUCAUGGGGAAUAUAUUGCUUUCACUCUUUCAGUUGGUUUACCGGAUAGUCAGUCAACCAAAUAGUAAUUAGUUCGGUUUUGACCGCUUAGCAAUCGGAAAACCGAUUUAACUUGAGCCGUAGAAACCAAACUUAGUUCGGUUUGGUCGGGUCUUGUGUCAACCGACAUAAUGAACAGGCCUAUACAAAAGCCGUUAAUGAAUUGUCUGCGACAACGAAAAAAAAAACACAAACAAAAGGGACAGAGAAUUCUUCAAUAGAGUCCUGAAUUUUCUUCAAGUUUCCAGAUGCAUCCUUGGUGAAGUAACAACUGAAUGUUGCAGCUCAAAAAAAGAGAAUAAUCUGCAGAAUUGAGCUACAUAAGGUUUUCGUUACAGAGGUAUUUUGAGACCUGCGAAGAAAACUUAAUUGUUGUUCUUCCGUUCAAUCCAAUUCAAACCUCAUGCCAAUUACCCAUUCUUUUUGCUUAUCCUCCGUAAAACAAAUCCCAUGUCCUCACCUUGCAGUUUUAGGACCCCAAAAGAUUCCACAUAUUUCCCUCGUCAAAAAACCCACAAAUUAUUGCUCCUUUAGGCCUAUCACAUUUCAAAGAAUACCCACUAAGCAGACUGUUUGUUCAUCACAAGGCUCCCAAUCAGCCACUCCGGAACCAAUUGAAGAACUGCCUCCAAAGCUUCAAGAGAUCGUCAAGUUAUUCCAGGCGGUUCAAGAUCCAAUGGCUAAGUAUAAGCAGCUUUUGUUUUAUGGGAGCAAUUUGAAACCUUUGGAUGCUCAGUACAAGAGCUGUGAGAAUCAAGUUGUGGGUUGUAUUUCUCAGAUAUGGGUUAGAGCCUACAUUGACGGUGAUGAUAAAAAUGUGGUCUUUGAGGCCGAUUCAAACUCUCUGUUCACUAAAGGGUUGGCGGCUUUGCUUGUCAAAGGCCUAUCAGGAAGGCCAGUUGAGGAAAUUGUGAAAGUUUCGCCUGAUUUUGCUCCGAUGCUUGGAUUGCAGCAGAAACGUACACGUUCUAGGAAUGAUGCGUUAUCGAAUAUUUUGAAGUUAAUGCAGAAAAAAGCUUUGCAAUUGUAUAUGGAAGCUGAAAAAUUUGAGGGCAAUGCAGGCAAUGAAACAUCUGAGAAAAGCAGAUCAGAUGAGAAUGAGAAUGAGAGUUCAUCAUGAUUUGGAUGGGGAUUUGAACCACACUGAAGAUGUUGCUGUGAACUCGAAAACACGAGUUUCUGGUGAUAGUUUUCUUUGGGGAGUAGCGUCAAAAACCGAUUACAAGGGAAAUAAUUUGUUUGUUCCUUUUUGUUCGUAGGAGGAAGGAUUGAAUUGAAGGGACAGAUUUUCCCUCUGUUGGAGCUGCGUCUCCAUCUUUCCAUCCUCCUCGAUUUUACCCUUUUUCUUUUCAUCUGAGUGAUUUUUAGCAAUAAAAAGCUUUGUUGUUUGUUUCUUCUUCCCAAAAAACCCUGGUACAUGUUUGAUUUUUCUUUUCUUUUUUUUUUUUUUUUUUUUGGAUGUAUGUUCAUGUAGCUAAAUCUAGAUGCGGUCCUCCAUUUUGAUUUGAUCACAUCAUGCAAUGUAAUGACAAUGUGUACAAUAAACAAUGAGGUACACAGAGGAGCCACGAUCCAUGCAUGCAACGUUAUCUUUGAAGAUUAUUUCAAAGUUGGAAUUAGGAUUUUCCCGAUCUUAAUGUUUGUUGAAUUGACUGAGUGAGGGAUUAUGUUGUUUUGGUUGGAGUUUAUCCAUUUUUGGUGGC